AUAACACCGCACCACGGCAUGCAGUGUAACCUGUACCGAUCUCGAGAGUGGAUACUACUCCUCAUCCCGCGAGAGUGCGUGAAAUCCACUGCGUAUUAAAUAAUCGGUUUGAGAAACAACAGUAACAAGCAAUAUACAAACUGUCUUCGGCCAUGGGUUGUACAGGAUCCGCUCGCUACUUGUUGGCAGUGGCGACGAUAGCCAUGGCAAUUUCGCUUGGCUGUGCGGCCCCCAUAUUCGGCGUGAUCUUAUCCAGUCAACGCAACACCAGCGACUCCGUUCCUACGUCGCUACUGUCCAAGUUACCGCUAACGACACCGAACAAAUUUUCGUUGAUCUUCAAUACCGAUAAAGGCCAGUCGCUGCUUACUUUUCCGGGCAACAAACAACCAGAUUCGCAGCAACCACCUCAGCAACAGCCACAGCAGAGCCCGCCAAAACCGACGGUGGUCGAACACCCGAAUGAAAAAGACCCUUACCAGUCGUCGGCAAACGCAUCUGAGAUGACUUCGCCGAGACCGAAGCUGGAGACGACAACCCACGAUCGAUCCGUCAUCGAAGUUCCGCUGAAAGAUUGCGGUGCGGGUAAAAAGAUAAACAAACACCGGGAAUGUGUUGACAUAAAUACCGACCCCGAAGCCGAAUAGACGAUCGGCCGAACUGCACAACCAUUAUAGUGAAUGCACUAUACCUACGUCGAUUCUCAAAAUAAUUGUAUGCAAUUUAUUUUACAGACAUUUUGUUUUUAUCCCCCUCUAUUGCAUGAUGUGAUAUAUAUAAUAAUAUUAUGUAUUUAUAUUUUAUAUGUAUAUUCAGUGUAACACGCGUUUUUUUCCAGUUCGAAAACGUUUACGUGUGACGAAAUAUGAAUAAACGAAAUAAAAAAUCUUAA